AUGUCGGGCUUCUCAGACUUGGUUGGCAACGGCGCCGAAUGCGGGCCGGGCAACUCCAUGAACGGGCUUAUGAAGCAAUUCAACAAGGACCACUCGCUCGAGCAGGAUCGGUUUGGACCGGCGCAAGCGUCGUCGUCGAAGCAGGCGUUCCGGCAGGCGUUCCGGCAUAACGGGCCGGUGCAGUCGCCGAACAUGAUGGCCAACGAGUUCAUGAUGCAGCAAAACCGCACACAGGGCCCAGGCGCCUUCAACUUUGCCGAGAUGCACCGCGAGCUCAACACGGUGCAGGGCAAGCAGCCGGCACCGGCCGACUGGGCAGCGGACUUCCAGCGGCACCAGGGCCCUGCUAACGCCGAUUUCGAGCGCGCCUUUGCCAGGGCCGGCCCCGCGCCGAUGGUGCCCGCUGGACCGAUGCAGAUGCGCCCGAUGGCUGCCCAGCAAGGCUGGGCCGAGCAGUUCCACCACCAGCCGGCGGCGUCCCAGGCUGCUGCGGCUCCUGUGCAGCAGGAGCCCGUGGUGCGGCAUGAUCCGAUGGCCAUGGCGUUCAACGAGGCCCGCAUGUACUCGAUGAUGCCCGGGCCGGGUAUGAUGAUGCACAACAUGAUGCCCAUGCAGCAUCAGCAGCAGGUAGGUGGAACUGCUCAGCAGACCGAGGUCACCGCAGAACAGAAGCAGGCGGCCAGCGAGCCUGUGGAAAGGGCUGAUGAUGAGCUGGCGCGCACGGCAGCAAAGAUCCUGGACUCAGUGAGUGACACAGCUAAUCCUAAAUUCAGAAACUCCGAAUUCCUCUCUCUCAUGCAACAACUCGCCGACGGACAGGCCACGAUCAACGGCGACCAGGUCGUACAGACUGAAAAGGGCAAGCAGGCGGAGACCACGGCUGCGCAGGGCCCAACGUGGGCCACGGAGUUUGAGAAGCGUGCCGACGAACUGGUCAACCGCGAGGCCACCAAGGGAUCGGAGCAGACGCCGCAAGACGGUAAGAUCUUCUCGGAAGAGUUUGCGCGCGGAAUGGAGCGCAACUGGGCCGAGGAAUUCGAGUCGACGCUCGACGGUCCGCUCAACGAGACCUCUGUCAGCGGCCACCCGCAGGAUAUGGACUUCAAGCUGGAACAGCCCAGCAACGAGUUUGUCCACGGCGAAGCUAACAAGGACUGGCUGGAGCAGUUCAAGGACAACAUUCAGCCGAUGCUUAACGAGCAGGACAAGGAGUGGCUCGAGACGCAGAAGGAGUGGGAGUCGCUAAACACCAUGGAGCCGGCGUACCGCGCAACCGAUCCCGCGCUUAACAUCUACCACUUUCAGCGCGAGAACUAUUACUCGCAGAUGUCGCCAGCCGAGCUCCAGAAUACCCUGGAACACAUUCGCCAGAACCCGCAGGACGCCAGCCUUGCUGACACCAUCAUGGCGCUCGAGACGAGCGUGACGCAGAACCCACAGGACGCACAGGCCUGGCUGGAGCUCGGCUUGAAGCAGCAGGAAAAUGAGCGCGAGGAGUCUGCCAUUGCGGCACUGCGCAAAGCCAUCCAGCUCGAUCCCAACGGACUCGACGCCCACCUGGCACUGGCUGUGUCGUACACCAACGAGGGAUACCAGAUGGAUGCCUACGACGAACUGCACGAGUGGAUUGCCCACCACGACCGCUACAAGUCGCUGAUUCCCGCGACCGCACCCGAGAACAUGACCAGCGCCAAUACGCGCAAGGACUACGUGCAGGAUCUGUACAUCCAGGCAGCGCGCAUGACACCCGGCCAGGACUGGGAUCCCGAUGUCCAGGUCGCACUUGGAGUUUUGUUCAACAUCUCCACUGAGUACGACAAGGCCAUCGACUGCUUCAAGGCCGCGCUGUCCAAGCGCCCCGACGACUAUGUGCUGUGGAACCGCCUGGGCGCGACGCUGGCACACACCAACAAUAACAAGGAGGCGACUGGUGCGUACUUCCGUGCUCUGGAGCUGCACCCGAGCUUCAUCCGCGCCCGGUACAACAUUGCACUCGCGUCGUCAAACCUGGGCCAGCACCGCGAGUCCGCCGAGAACUGCCUGACUGCACUGUCGCUGCAGCAGCGCGAGAUGCAGACUCUGGACGAGAAGAGCCGCGAGGCUAAUCUGUCGGGUACUGGCUACCGGCCUGAGAGCGGUAUGAGCGCGACAAUCUGGAAUGCCCUGCAGCUCUCGAUGUACUUGCUUGGCGAGCCCAAGCUGGCGGAAGCAUGCGACCGCCAGGACCUGGAUGCAUUCCGCACCAAGUUCGACUUUUAA